UUAACAUCACGGACGUCAGUUGACCCAACAACAAAAAACUGUGACCCAAUUUGCAGUUCCGACGAAUUAUCAGCCUCAAGCAUGGCAGUGCCUAAAAACGAGAACUGUUUCAAGAUUCGUCAGGCAACAUCUGACGACGUCGAGGAAAUUUGGAAAAUAGUGAAACAAGAAGGAUGGGCAAGCUGCAGUUUUCAAGUUACUCGCGCUGUUAUUGAAAUAGCCGAGGACGGUUGGUUUGUGGCAGAACAAGAUGGCGAAAUUCUGGGGUUCGUUAUGGGAUACAAUAUCAAUGAAACAACUAGCUUCCCUGGCUUCCUGAUAGUUAAACCAGAACACAGAGGGAAAUAUAUUGGAAAAGCACUCUUGAAUGAAGUAGGAAGCUAUAUGGGCGAUAGAAGAAUCAGCUUUGUUGCUAUUUUGCAAGUUGAACCAAUGUAUGUAAAACUUGGCAACACCAGAUCUCCACGUGGAGGUGUGAAUCUCUACAGCCUCCAGUUGAGAAAUAUGCCCAUUCCGCAAGAAGCUAAAGUCGACUACGAAUUAAAGGAUUACAUCGAAGUGGACUGGAAAGAUUUACUAGACUACGACACCUCUUUUCAUAUUAUUCCCAGAGAGCGGGUGCUCAACGUUUGGUUUGAGAUACCAGAAUCCAAGACCAAGGUAAUUCAGCAGAAUGGAAAAAUUGUUGGCUACGGAACAAUAAAACCUGUUCCAAGUGGUCAUGUCAUUGGUCCUCUCUAUGCAGAUACCACAGCAGCUUGUAUGAUUCUGUUGAAUUAUUUUGCUACUGCUAUACCGGCCAAUUCUAAGGUGUUAUUUACUAUGCCAACGGCCAGUGAAGAUGGUAAAAGGCUGUUAGAAUACAAUAAGGAUACUUUAAUUGUUGUCUGGAAGGGUGUAUUUAUGGAAAAGAAACAAGCCCCUAGUUUCUCAAAGCUUCAUAAAGUUGUGGCAAUAUUUGAUUCUGCUAUUUGCUUUUUAUAAGAAGUAUAGCUAUACUGAUAAAAUUAUUGAAAUCUUUUUUCAAUAAUCAACGGAGAAUAAGUAGAAAAUGACGAUAAAGUAAGACAUUUGACAUCUUCAUGUAGAGUUAUCUGCCGUAUAAUGACAAUGACGGGAGAAAUGUUGUAAGAGACAGACAACAACAGACGACAACAAUAAGGACAUUUUUUCUGGCAGAGGUGGGGCAUUAUGCAGAAGGUUUUGCGUUACGCUUUUUGAAAAAAAAAGAAAAAUAGGCUCUUAUUAUCAAUUGAUUGCAUCUGAUGAUUAAUAGAAACUCGAUGGCUGGGAUGUGCCCUCUGUUCACACACUGUUGUCUUUAAAUUCCAUAAAAUGAUAUAUGUUUCGCCAA